GCGAGCAGUAUUUAAAGCUACAGAUCACAAAAUGCACUCAUAUUAGUUUCGUUUCUACAUAACUGCGAAAAUUCUUGUUUCGAUUAUAAAUAAUUGUGAAAUCUUAGAGUCUCCUUGUUUCGCUGUUUGAAAUUACACACAACCAUGGGGAAAGGGAGGAAUGGAGAAGGGCUGGCAAUCUGUGGAGCAGCGUGUAUCUGUUGCUGUUUCGUGGGUAUCGGAUUAGCCCUGCUUGGACUCGGGAUCGCAAAGAUAGUUAUGGGAGCCAUUCAUCUUCAUGACUGUCCCCUACAAGACAAGGUGCCCAUCUGGCUGAUCGUGAGCGGUGUGGCUCCGAUCUUCUUUGGUGGCUCGGCGCGUAAAGAAGAGGAGGACGGCGAAGCGAGUCAGAGUAUCGCGCGUAGCGUCUGCGGGAUCAUAGGGCUGCUCUUUAACCUCGCCUGGCUCAUUUGCGGAUCAGUGUGGGUGUAUCCAACAUACGGAACAGUAAACAAAGACGACUUCGUGCCCUGUAUUGGCAACGUUACGACUGGCUGCUCUCAAGACUGCCAUAAGCCGACCUUGACCUUCGCCUUUGCCAUGGUGACAGUCGACUGGAUUUUCUUCGCACUCUGGCUAACUAUCAUAAUGUGCUCUGUGCGAGCACUUUGCGCUCGGUCGCGUUAAGCGCAGUAUUCAUAUACAGACGGUGUUCAUUGUGUGUGUAGCGUGUAAGCCGUACACAAUGAGUUCGUAUAGAAAUACGAAUUUUAAGCUUGUUUAUGAGUAUUUUUUUUUAGUUUCAUGCCUGUACAAACACAUAUACAAUACAAUACAAUACAAUACAAUACAAUACGUUUAUUUCGGCUUUAAACUUACAAUGUUUAUGGCAGUGAAAAAUCACAUAUGAAAAGUGGUGAAAAGAACUUAACAAAGAGAUUUUAUGUAUGAAAACAACAACAUAUGCAAGAGAUCUUGUUACAUACAUGUAUAUUAUUCCAAUAUAACAGUACAAAAAGUCAGAUGAAGGUAUAAUUUCAGGUUCAAUAUUUAACUUAAAAUAUUAAGUUGUUGGUAAAAUUUCAUUUCUUAAUUUCAUUGCAAAAAAAUAUGUAUUUCGCAAUAUUCAUUUGACAUUUUUUAUUUGUAAGACAUAAGCGUUUUGAACUUAAUUUAAUUAAUUAUUAUUAUGUAGGCCAACUUUUAACUUGGUGAGCCCAGUUGUUGCCACCAUACGUAAAUUUAUUGUCCGAGUCACAUUUUAACAUUGUAUAAGUUCGGCGUAUAAGUAAAUUUUCGUCUGAUACACUUUACCAAAAAAUGUAUUGUGUCGUUCCUAAAAACAUUGCACGACUGCAGAGAAUAUCUGCCUGCAGGAUGUCGUUCAUAAACGGCUGUAUUUUUUCAUGCUUAAUGUGACUUGUAUUAAUCUUACUAAUGCCUGGGACCUUUAAUCCUGCUCACAGCAGAUGUGCACGUGUAUGCGUGUUUUCAUUGACUAAUAAAAUUUCAAAACUUAAAUACUAGUAUUUCAUCUCGUAUAAUCAUUAUUGGUAAAUGAAAAGAUGACUUUCAUCAUAUUUUUAAGUAAACAAGAAUUCUUAAAGUUUAUUAAAAGAUGAUUUUCAUCAUAAUUUGUUUAGGCAAGCAAGACUUCUGAAAGUUUCUUAAAAUAUGAUUUUCAUCAUCAUUUCUUUAGGUUAACAAGAACUCUUAAAGCUGCUUUUUCACAGAUUGUCAGUUUUGACACUUUUUAAAUGAUUUGUCUCAGAUUCACAGAAUGCCUUCAAAUCAGUGAUAUUAGAUCAGUCACAAAAGUAGAUCUCAAUAAUGAAUUGUUUGGUAAAUUGCUCAAAAAUAUCUUAAAGCCUCCGUAUCGCGAUCAGCCAUGAAACAUAAGUUUUUGGAACGUAUAAAUGAAAAGCUGUCAUCUUAUUCCUGUCGGCAGAUUUAUAUCACUGUAUUCCAGACAUUUACGCAAAUGUUUGCCAAUUAAAUAACAAAAUAUAUUUUUAAAAAGUUCUCUAAACGUUCGUUCUGUGAGUGUGCAGCCUUUAAAUAGAAAUAUGUUACAUUGACACCGAGCAGGACAUGUUCGAUUUUGUGCUUAAGUUGCAAUUCUUGAUUGCCAACAAUGAAAAUGUAAUUACACGUGUUCAUAACUAUAAAAUCAGGUUUUUUACCCUGUGUGUGUGUGUGUGUGUGCGUGUGUGUGUGUGUGUGUGUGUGUGCUAAUAGAAAAUGCAUGUUUUAUAUUUAAAUGAGUAUUUAUAUGCUUUUUGUAUUCUAUGCGGAAAAUAAAUUAUAAAAAAGAAGCAACUUCAGACAUUAUAUAUAUCUUAUAUAUUUUGUAUCUUCAAUUCUUUUUUUGUUUUACAUUUUAAGAACACUUUUUUCCAUUUGAAGACAUCCAUCAUAUUAUUCAUGCUGAAAAUAAAUGAGUGGAAUUAUCAA